AUGGUCGUCGACCCCGUCGUCGAUUCGCGCAUCUCCGGUUCAUCCCCGACCACCUCGAGCUUGCCUAAAGAACCACAGUGCCCUCCCCCGAACUUAGCCGCCGCGGCCGGAGCUUCGCUCUCCACGCUCCUGGCCGCGCUCCCACGAGCCCUGGGCAUCCGGCCGCGCCCCUGCGGCACCCCCGCGCGCGCGCCCGCCUGGGCCAUGCCCUGCCUCGCCCUGGAACGCGCACGCCGUGCCUGCAGCCGCCCGCCAUCCCGCUCCCCUACUGCUCCCGCUAGCUGCUCCUGCUUCGAGCUGCUGCUGCUCAGCCUCCCUGUGCCACCUGCCUCCUCCGCGGCUCGCCCCACGCCUGCCGCCGCCGCGUGGCCUUCGUCGCGCCACGCCCUGUAG